UGGGGGUCUGAAGGGCAUACGCCGCCUGCUCGCGUGGGUGGCAGGCGACCCUCGUCCUCGACCCUCAUCUUUGCUCGAAUCUACUGUUGAUAUAACCGCGUCGGUCCCGUCAGAAGGGGGAAGUUUGUGUCUAGGAUCGUCGACGAGUCCUGGAUGUUGAUUGUCCACCCAAGUUCGACGUGCGACAUCUGUCUGGAUGGCUACAACUGGACGACUCCGGCAAAUGCGCCUCACGCGAUAGCCUGUGGCCAUGUCUUCUGUCUGCGGUGUCUCCGGCUGUUGAGCCCAAGCACAUGUCCUCUCUGCCGCAAAGCCUUCCAGCCUGAUCGUAUCAAAAAGCUCCAUGUUGACCGUCUGGCGACAGGCAACGACGACGACGAUCGGACACAGGCAGAAGAAUUUGAGCUGAUCCAGCAUGUGGCCCUGUUCUUCGGUGAGAAUACCCCGGAUGAGGAUGUCAAUACCGUAUUGGGCGAAGUCCACGAUUGGCUUGCUCUUCAAGGAGACAACCCAAGCUCCCAUCGGGCAUUGCGCUCUGCUGUUGCUGCGCUACAUAAAUACAAAUCUCUUCAACAAGAGAGUCGCGUGGACAAGCAAGCAAUCCGGGAUCUCAUGGAGCAGUACGACAGGAAGAUGCGUAUUAAGGACCAAGAUAUCAAGACCUCCCGUGCCAUCGAAGAGAACUUGCUGGAGGAGAUACAUACGAUAGACGACAAGUGGCGCAGUCAGGUAGAGCGCCUCGAAGCUGAGGCCGCCACUUUGCGGUCUACGCAGCCCAGAGCGCUAUUUGGGUCUUCGGAGUCGUUGAAUCUGUCGCGCGCAGACCGUUCACAGACUCCGAACGCGUCCUCUCCUACACAAGAAGCCUUCACGUCACAGGGGAUCUCAACUCAACUGCAAGGACCGUCAGACAUAUCUAGAUCUCAAAGCCAAUCGUACCCUUACUUCCCGCCAUCGGACAUGUCACGAGCGCAUAACGUAUCAAACCCUUUUCCUGCUCCUCCCGACAUGUCGAGAAUGCGGAAUCUAUCCAAUCCACUCCCCGAACCCCCAAGGCCCGUUUCCCCGGAGCGUCUUGCCUCACUGAGCCGCUCACCCGUCGUGGCUGGCAGCUCGGACAAUCGCAGGACGGCGUCGAAGUCCAGCAGUAGGAUCAGCAUCGCUCAAACUAUCUCCGAUUCGCAGUCUUCAUUCACUGGCCGGUCCCGCUUCGAAGACCCACACACACGGCGAGACCGAACCUUGCGUUCCCCCGUGCUGGUCCCUGGAGCGCCAUCGAUGCGGAAAGUAGUACCACCGCGUCCUGCACCACCGGAGACCCCCAUGAUUACUCCGGGACGGACGUGGAAUCCCCUCCAGAGCCCUGCUCCUCGCGUACCUCCUCCGGAAGCUAGCCCUUCGAAUGGCAGCGUUCAUAUGCGACAGGAGCACGAUGAACAGGGCCGAACGGUAUACUACCAGUACGGCUGGAUACCUGACAGGGGGUAUGCCUGGUUUCAGGUGCCGCAUUCCUCACCCUCGCAGGCGUCUGUGCGUUCGAACGGUACUGCGGGUCCCUCGCAUGCGGCCGCCGCUACGUCUACUACGUCGGGAACGAACGCUAGGGGACGCUCCAUCUACGAACAGCCAAUUAUAGAGGACAACUCGAGACCAGAAGCCGGAUCACCUAGUCCUCGCCCGCACCGUGAUCGCGUACCAUCCAGUCGAUCCUCCCGCAGGCAAGCUUCGUCGACGGCUAUCGAAUCGGAACAGCCUGAGCCGGCCCCCGCGCAGCAUUCUCAAACUAGUACCCGCUCCAGUGCAAGUCUCAGCGGUAUGGCGCUGUUGAAUGUGCCUCCGCUCUCUUCAGGCACCGUUUCGAGUGCUGCAGAUCGUCAAGAUAUCAUGAACAUUCUCGGCGUGAACACGCCGCAAAUGAACCACGCGCAGGUCUCGCCUGCUACGACAUGGGGGACCGUCCACUCGUCGCAGGUCCCAUCGCGCGCGUCCAACAACCCGUCGCACAACCCAAGCGUCAGCGACCUCGGGCUGGUGGGCCUGCCAGAGCCAGCCACGCUGGUCGGGUCGUCCGAUGAGGGCUCGCAGUCAGAUAGCUCCGUGGGAGACGACUCCGACUCCAUCGAUCGUGACGAGUUCAUGACCCCGAGGAGCAGACCCUUAUCAUACGGUCGCUCGGUAGCUUCGCCGGAACAUAUCCAGCCAGCCCAAACCACACAAGGCAUGGGCAUCUUGCUCGAUGCAGGCAGACAGCCCGCGAGUCAGAUCAUUGGAGGGCCGCAGGAACUACAGGUGGUGACGGAGUCGCUGAUGCGGCUCGUUGACGAGGGUCAGGGCCAAGGCUCGCGUGGGCACUACCACCGCUCUGAGAGGUUCGCAUCCACGCCCAAUCCCCGAGACCCGCCCGAGGCGAUCCUGGGUGCACGCACGGGUGUCCCACUCUACAGCUCGCGCCCCCAGUCAAUCCGACCUGACGUCGCCAACGGUUUGUCUUCCCGGUCUCAUAGCGGGUCAGCGCAUCGCCUCGACCGGGAGUACAUGAGUGACUCUGAGCACGCGCACAACCGUGCCGCUCAUGCUCAUCACCAUUCACAGUCUCGCCACAGAUCGAGCCGCCGACAGUCAUCAUUGUCUGGUGAAGCGGUCAUCCCCCCUCCACCCGUCACGGCUCCUAGCACUUAUCAGCGCCAACCAUCUGCUCCCUCCCGCGUCUCUGAACGCGAGCCAAGGUCUGCUCAUUUCGAAUCGCCCGCGUAUGCCAGUGCGCCCCGCGAACACCGGACCCACUCCUCGGCCCCAGCAUCCGCAACAGACGCGAAUGCCUCCCAGUAUUCCCUGACCUCCCUCAGCGGAUCCAACGGAGGGUUGCUGCUGUCCUUCACGCCCGUUGCUGGGGGCAGCUCGUCCGCGGUCAGCAUCACAGGCCAGGAAUCCGGCAUUCGCGCGCCUGCACCCCGACCGAUCAGCAGCCGACAGAGUAGCCUGCUGGGCGGGCCCUGGAACGCCAGGAGCGGGAGGUAACGAACACCCUCAAC